GCCCCACGCCGGUUUCCAGGGAGAUGGGCGCAUGCGCAGCGUGACGGGCCUGGCUGGCGGAAGGAGGUGCUACGGCGGUGGCUCCGGCGCGCUUGCGCAAUAGCUGAACGCGGGCGUUUCUUUCCACCCUUUUUUUCGAAUUGCUUUUGGGGGUAGAUUCGAGUUACAAAAUGGCCGCCCGGAGCGUGUUCCGCGGCGUUCCCCCAGCGAUCUCGGGCUGAGCCGGCGCUGUCGCCUCCCUGCCGCACACAGCGUGAGGGCCCCCCCCCCGGGGACAUGGUGUUUGAGUCUCAGGGCUUGCGGAGCACCAAGUCCUCUGAGACCCGCAGUGCAGCACCGGAAGCGGCCGAGCGCGCACAGCCCGGCUACCACCAGCCGCUUCAAAACCCAGCGCCGCCGCUCCCCGGGUUUCGCCGCGCCCAAGACCCAGCUAGUGCUGCGGCUGCGGCCGGGCAGGUUGAAAACAUGGCCAAAAGAAUUGCUGAGAAGGAAUUGACAGAUAAGAAUUGGGAUCAAGAGGAUGAAGCUGAAGAGGUGGGAACAUUCUCACUGGCCAGUGAGGAAGUCUUGAAGAACAGAGCAAUAAAGAAAGCAAAGCGCAGAAAUGUGGGGUUUGAGUCUGAGAGUGGAGGAGCCUUUAAAGGUUUUAAAGGUUUGGUUGUACCUUCUGGAGGAGGACUGUUUCCUGGAUUUGGUAGCAGUGCUGGAGGGAAGCCUUUAGAAGGACUUUCUAAUGGAAACAAUGUAACCAGUGCCCCUCCCUUCACCAGUGCAAGGGCAGCGGCAGAGCCCAAGGUAGCCUUUGGUUCUCUUGCUGCAAAUGGCCCUACCGCCUUGGUUGAGAAAAAAGUUUCAAAUCCCAAAACGAAUGGGGACAGUCAGCAGCCCUCCUCCUCUGGCCUUGCUUCCAGUAAAGCUUGUGUCGGGAAUGCCUAUCACAAGCAGUUGGCUGCCUUGAACUGCUCUGUCCGGGAUUGGAUAGUGAAGCACGUGAAUACAAACCCACUCUGUGAUCUGACGCCUAUCUUUAAAGACUAUGAGAAAUACCUAACAAACAUUGAACAGCAGCACGGGGAUGGUGGCAGGAAUUCUGAAAGCGAAUCUAACAAAACGGCGGUUGAAACACAGUCUUUCUCCCUUUUUGGCUCAACAAAAUUACAGCAAGAGUCAACGUUUUUGUUUCAUGGCAACAAAACUGAAGAUACACCUGAAAAGAAGGUGGAGGUUGCAACUGAAAAAAAAACGGACCCAUCACUAGGAGCAACAAGUGCCUCAUUUAACUUCGGCAAGAAAGUUGAUAGCUCUGUUGUGGGCUCAUUAAGCUCUGUCCCCCUGACUGGAUUUUCAUUUUCCCCCGGAAACUCCAGUUUAUUUGGCAAAGAUACUACCCAGAGUAAACCGGUCUCAUCACCAUUUCCCGCUAAACCAUCGGAGGGCCAAGUAGGUGACAGUAGUGAAUGCAAAGGUGGAGAUGAAGAAGAGAGUGAUGAGCCACCCAAAGUAGUAGUUACUGAAGUAAAAGAAGACGACGCUUUUUACUCCAAAAAGUGUAAACUAUUUUACAAGAAGGACAAUGAGUUUAAAGAGAAAGGCAUAGGUACUCUGCAUUUAAAACCUACAGCGAAUCAGAAGACACAGCUUUUGGUGCGGGCAGACACCAAUUUAGGCAACAUAUUGUUGAAUGUUCUGAUUCCGCCCAAUAUGCCAUGUACGCGAACAGGGAAAAAUAAUGUUCUUAUCGUCUGUGUUCCAAAUCCACCAAUUGAUGAGAAGAACGCCACCAUCCCAGUUACCAUGUUGAUCCGGGUAAAAACCAGCGAGGAUGCAGAUGAGUUGCACAAAAUUUUACUGGAGAAAAAGGAUGCCUGAGCACGCGAAGUCGGCUGUGGAAUGAUUACCAAGUUGCUGCUUCUCCCACCGCCCCUUAAAACUUAGUUUUUCUUCUCUUCCUUGACAUUCUAAGAACUUACAGAUAACUUAAAACUCCUGUGAAGAUUACCGUAGCCAAUAAAACCUUUAAAUGUUAAGUGUCAAGAAACCGUACUCUCCCUUCUUAAGAACUGUCUAAAGUGUAAAAUACAUUUGAAUGCAAUUUUUGGAGGAUUUUUUUUAAUGUUCCCUUGUUUAUUAAACUAACCAUAAGCGAUUUCUUCAAGGACUGCAAUCAGGGUAUCGAUUCGCUUUCCCAAAGGCUCUUCCAACCGUGGGUUUUGGGGUCUGCCGCCACCACCACCAGAGAGGCUUUGGAACAGGGUGCCCGGCCGUGUCCAGAAGGAAGCUGGCCUGUAUGCUUCUCUCUGGUGGGCUCGACCGACAUGUGACUCGUUCUGUUACCAAGUGAACCGGACUGGCACGCUGUGACAGAUGUUUGUCCUCUGCUUUUUGAUUUUUAAGCUAAAAUGUGAGUACUAAGUGUUCACCUCAGUGUUCUAAUCAUUGGCCUGUAACCCUGUGGGCCGCUUCACUAGAAUUCAGGAAUUGCAUUUUCAUUUUAAAAGGAAAUGAGUAGCUUGUGAAGGAGUUUUUGGUUUUGUAGUUUCUAUUCAUGAGGUGCCGUUACUUCUUCAUUCCCCUAAAGACAAAAUUAAGGGGGAUUGCCAGGAAUGAGUUUAAAAGCACAAAUUUGGUAGCUUAUCAUCUACACCAUGGACAGUGAACCCGUAUGAAAUGAAAGUGAAGUCAAAACUAUUGUAGAAAAAUGAUGCUUAUAGGCAUUUGUACCAUGAUCAACCCCACACGUAUGAAAACCAUUACCAAGUGAGGGCCUGGGAGCUUUGACACAUGAGCCAUGUGAAUUCACUGGGAAGCAUGGAAGAAGGUUGUGGAAGAGAAAA